AUGGCAGGGCCUGCCGGCAGGAGUCGGCAGGAAAUGGCAGGGCCUGCCGGCAGGAGUCGGCAGGAAAUGGCAGGGCCUGCCGGCAGGAGUCGGCAGGAAAUGGCAGGGCCCGCCGGCAGGAGUCGGCAGGGCCCGGGCUGGCAGGGCCGGCUUAACCAGCAGGGAUGGCAGGACCAGCGGGCAGGAGCGGCAGGACCACCCGGCAGGAACGGCAGGACCACCCGGCAAGGGCGGCAGGGCCGGCCGGCAGGGGUGGCAGGUGCGGCAGAACCAGCCGGCAGGAUCGGCAAGUCCACCCGGCAGGAGCGGCAGGGCCAGCCGGCAGGGAUGGCAGGAGCGGCAGGACCAUCCGGCAGGGCGGCAGGGCCAGCCGGCAGGGGAGCGGCAGGACCAGCCGGCAGGGCGGCAGGGCCGGCCGGCAGGAGACGGCCGGCAGGAGACGGCCGGCAGGAGACGGCCGGCAGGGGUCGGCAGGAGUCGGCAGGGCCGGCAGGAUAUCUUGUGCUGUGCACAAGUGUUCCCUCCGACUGUCGGGAACGUUAG